CAACGCUUUUGGCGCGCCUAGUUUGAAAAUUAUUGUUAACCGUUGUGUAAAUUGUGUGCGGCUCCGGUGUGACAAAUGUGGUAAGCAUGCCGCCCGCUGAGCAUCACGUGGGCACGCCCCACAGCCAGGCGGCUGGCGACGAGGACUAUCAAAUGGCGGCCAGCGCCAGCCAGUGGAAGGACGUGCCGGACAAGUACUUUAUGGUGAUAGCGCACUUGCUGGCCGGCCACAUCAACGACACGGAGGACAUGGAGCGCGUCAAUGGGCCGAUACUGAAGGCGAGCAUUAAGUCGGUCUAUUGGCUCUUUCUCAUCCAAUACGCAACGCUGGCCCUGCUGGGCGUCAUUCUGAACAUUGCCAUCAUUGUGUACAUCAUGUAUAAUCGGCUCUACAAGGAUGUCACGCAUGCGUUCAUCAUCAAUUUGGCCUUCUGCCAUUUCGUGCAGUGCGCUUUGGUCUUGCCCGUUUCGCUGAUGGUGAUGCUGCUCCAGAACUGGAUAUUUGGCCAGUUCCUGUGCUUCUUCUUGCCCAUGCUGCAGGACAUACCGAUACAUGUGGCGAUGAUAUCGCACAUUCUGAUUGCCUGGGAUCGCAUGCGCUGGCUGAAUGAUCCGCUCAAGGGGCGCAUACCUGGCUUCGUCUGCUGUUGCGCCACCUGGCUAACUGGCAUGGUGAUUGCCCUGCCCUAUCCCAUUUAUACGAUGUACGUGGAGCUUGGGGUGAGUACUGAACCCUGA